ACACGCCCCACUGCACUCACACACAGACCUGCAGUCCCACAUGGUUGUCAGAUCGUGUGUAUAAAUGUCAUUGUCCGGUUGCUUGUUGGCUUUAAGGUCAGUGCAUGCUCUCCGAGGUUGUUUUAAAAGGAAAAAAAGAAAGAAUGAGAGUGCAGAGAGAUGAAAGGAGGAGAAAGUGAAUGGAGAGGCAGACACAAAAGAGGAGAGGCAGACGGGACGCCUGAAUGUGUUCUGUGAGCUGUGCCGUCUGGGACACUGUCUGCCCCAUUGUCAUCGGACGUCAUGAGCUGGAGCUUCCUAACGCGUCUGCUGGAGGAGAUCCAGAACCACUCCACACCGGUGGGGAAACUCUGGCUCACCACGUUGGUCGUCUUCCGCAUCGUGCUGACAGCGGUGGGUGGAGAGUCCAUCUACUACGACGAGCAGAGCAAGUUCAUCUGCAACUCGGGCCAGCCGGGCUGUGAGAAUGUCUGCUACGAUGCCUUCGCACCACUCUCGCACGUGCGCUUCUGGGUCUUCCAGAUCAUCUUGUCCGCCAUGCCCUCACUCCUCUACAUGGGUUAUGCAGCCAACAAGAUCUCCCACAGUGAGGACAUGCGAGGCACUGGGGGUGGAGCUCCAGCAGGGGUUGGGGCAGGGGGAGGUUAUACUCAGCGGAGGCCCAGGAAGAUGUACUUCGGGGCGCGGCAGCACCGGCCAGGACACGAGGACGGUGAGGAGGAGCGAGAGGAUGAUCCCAUGAUCUACGAGGUACCUGAGAUAGACAACACCAGGAGAGAGCUGGUGCCCCCACGGCCAAAGCCCAAGAGGCGCCAUGAUGGGCGGAGGCGUAUUCGUGAUGACGGACUGAUGCGGGUCUAUGUGCUGCAGCUGCUGAUUCGUUCCGCCUUGGAAGCGGCUUUUCUGGCAGGGCAGUACCUGCUGUAUGGCUUCCGGGUGCAGCCUGUCUUUGUGUGCUCAGACAAGCCUUGCCCACACAGUGUGGACUGCUUCAUUUCACGCCCCACAGAGAAAACCAUCUUUCUGCGCAUCAUGUAUGGCGUAAGCUGCCUCUGCUUGCUGCUCAAUGUGUGGGAGAUGAUCCACCUUGGAGCCGGGGCCAUCAAGGACGCCCUGCGCAAACGCAACACCGCAGCGGCCGAGGAUGAAUACCAGCUAGGCCUACUAGGACCUGGGGGCGUGUCCGUCGGAGUGGGCGGGCCAGCGCUCAGCGAGGGAGAAACAGCAGAUGAAGUUGGGGGCGGAGUCAGGGAGGCAGACUAUGUGGGUUAUCCUUUCUCAUGGAACACGCCUUCCGCGCCGCCAGGCUAUAAUAUCGUGGUAAAGCCAGAAGCCAUGCCCUAUACAGACUUGAGCAAUGCCAAGAUGGCAUGCAAGCAGAACCGUGCCAACAUUGCACAAGAGGAGCAGCAACAAUAUGGCUCCAACGAGGACAACUUCCCUUCAGCGGGCGACGCCCGGCCACCGCCGAUCAACAAGGACGUCAUCCAACUGGAGGCAGCAAUUCAGGCCUACACUCUUCAACACCAUGCCAAUAAUGAUGAUGACGGCAUGCAUGACAACCCCGAUAACGACGAUAAGCCGCAGAGCAACAUCCCACCUGCUCCUCAGAAAGAGCGGAAACACAGGCCUAAACAUGGCAAAGCAAGUAGCGCAGGGAGCACUAGCAGCAGUAGCAAGUCUGGAGAGGGAAAACCGUCCGUAUGGAUCUGACACUUCAUGUGUUCACAAACAUCCAUAUGUAUUUCCUUAUAGCUCUUUGCAAAAUCUUGGGCAUUGACAUAUAAACUUUUAUGGACACGGAUACAUUAGGAGUGUGAGAAACACCUUUCGUGCCUUAGAAUCUAAGGAGCUCUCGGGAA